GGAAGUUCAUCCCUCAAAGCGGAAGAGAAGGCCAAGGUCUGUCAACAGAUGACGCUUCAGACGGCUGCAAGGGAAUUUUCACUCAGCUUGUCAUCCAAAGAUUUGAGAGAGAAAGAGAAAGCGAGCCGCGCUCACGUCUAAAGGUUUAUUCAUCCCGUAGGAGCCAGCUCUCCAUCUUUUUCUCCCCUGCUCUCCUUUUCUCUAUCUCUCUCUCUUUUCUCUUUCUUGGCCCUGUCCUCCCCUGAGCUCCAUUGAUCCUGGUUCAGGACCACUUUCCCUCUCUGAUCAAGCCAGCCCUAUUCUCUCCUCUGUCCGGCCUGUCACAUGGCGGGGCGAGGUGGACCAGCGCGGACCAAUGGUUCCGCCCCCAUCGGGAACAAAAUCUGCCAGUUUAAACUGGUCUUACUCGGAGAGUCUGCCGUGGGCAAGUCCAGCCUGGUGCUGCGCUUCGUAAAGGGCCAGUUCCACGAGUACCAGGAGAGCACCAUCGGAGCUGCAUUCCUCACACAGACAGUCUGUCUGGAUGAUACAACAGUAAAAUUUGAGAUUUGGGACACAGCCGGACAGGAGCGAUACCACAGCCUGGCCCCUAUGUACUAUAGAGGAGCCCAAGCGGCCAUCAUCGUCUACGACAUUACUAACACAGACACAUUCACUAGAGCAAAGAACUGGGUGAAGGAGCUGCAGCGUCAGGCAAGUCCAAAUAUUGUUAUCGCUCUUGCUGGCAACAAGGCAGAUUUGGCCAACAAGAGAGCUGUUGACUUUCAGGAGGCACAGGCAUACGCAGACGACAACAGCCUUCUCUUUAUGGAGACGUCUGCAAAGACUGCCAUGAAUGUGAACGAGAUCUUCAUGGCUAUUGCCAAGAAGCUUCCGAAGAACGAGCCACAGGGUGGGGCAGGGAGUGGCGGACGGGCUCGGGGAGGGGUUGACUUGCAGGAGGCAGCUCCUCAGAGCAGAAGCGGCCAAUGUUGUGGAGGAGGAAACUAACCAUUGGAUCAAUCAGCUGGCAGAUGCACCCAUGGACUGAUACAGACACACAAACACAGUAUGAACCCAUAGUGUGAAAUCCAUUCACUUAUGACCCAGCUCUAAACUAUGGCCAGUUAGACUGUAACAUACAGGCCAACAGUUUCUGCUUCGUAACUGGAAAAGGGGCCCAUCGAUACCUUUGGUCAAAUUAUUAAUGCUAGUUGAUUUACAGUUAUCCCUCCUGACAGUACAUGCACACAUGCAAAUAGAUAUACACACACAGAAGCUUCAUCAUGUGUCUGCCAUUUAUGAUUUUCAAAGUCAUCCGAUUUGUCUUAUAUAGAAUUUUGACCACAAAAAAACAACAUAAUGGAACAAGGAGAAAAAUGUGAUCAGUUUUAACCAAUAGCACUUAAACAAAAUCUUUUGUAGUCUCUCUUCAUGAAAGAAGUUCUAACUUCUGCUGGUGGGAAAAACAGGCCAUCUUUCCCUUGUAUUUCCUUAUCUUCUCAGUUGCUCUUGUUUGUAUGAAAAUUGUAGUGGUGAGGCCACUAUUUUUCCUUGCUCUCCCUUUUGGUGGAUGCAUACAGCCAGUUUUGAGUUACACCUCAUCUUCUGCUCUCCUUGAUCACAUCCUUUCUGUCUUAAGCAACCAUGUCAGAGUGAGAGGGGGACAACUUGGAGAGAGAUGGCAGGCUAUUUUCCAUCAAUGUCCAGCUCUUUUGUAGAUUCUGUAUUAUUUCUAUUGUAUUAGUCAUUCUGACAUCCACUACUCCAGCACAAAUGAAACCAGUAUAUGAUUUGAUAGACUAGACUUAUUUUCUAAUCAUUUACAUAUAUAUACUUGUAUGUCUAUAGUGCAUUAACAGGCAGUAUAACGCCAUUGUGUUUUUUCCUUUACAUCAGUGAAACAAAACAUUGAAUCAUUCAAACAUGGAUUAAAUACAUAUGAAUGACAAAAUCAGCCUCCUCUGACCAAAAUCACAAUUAUUGACAAGAGGCAAAAAUGAUGUUUCUGUACUUGUUUUCUUUUCUUGUGAAUAAGAACCCCAAUCAUUAGCCAAUUUAAUUUUGCACCUUUUGUAAGAAUUUACUUGUUUCUGAUUUGUUCUUGUGCUCUAUCGCUCUCUCUCUCUCUCUCUCUCUCUCUCUCUCUCUCUCUCUCUCUCUCUCUCUCUCUCCUUUUUGUACAUAUGGUCUCUUAGAGUGCACUGUGUCUUUCUUUGUUCUCUUCGACUACAUGUCCUUUUCUGUCAAUAGUUUUCUGUCCAAUACUUCCUGAAGGAUGUCUCUUUUAAACAGGCAUUUUCAGCAUCAAUUGUGUCCUAGCACAACAAAUGUGAACAGUGACCAAGACAUUUCAGGGGGCUUCUGACGAAUGAGGGAGGCAAGGGACAAAAACAAAUAAAUGAUGAAAAAAAAUUAUAAAAUAGAACUUGUAAUUUUACCAAUAAAGGAGGGGAAGGUAUCCAUUCUGUUCAUUGUGUUAUUAUUUGCAAAUGUGCAUCAUACUGUAUGUGUGUUAACAACUUACAGAAUCAUGCAAAUCUCAAAUUAUUUGGAGGCUGUUCUUAUCCCUUCAUGAUCAGAGACUUGUUUAAAAAGUAUUUAAAGGGGUCAUGACAUGCCUUUUUUUUAAUCAUUUUAAUAUAUUCCUUGAGAUUCACUUAUAAAGUUAGUAGAGUUUUUUUGCACAAAAAACAGUCAUAUAUUUGUAUAACAUGAUCAUUUUCCACCCUCAUUCUGACCCUCUGUCAAACUCUUGGUUUUGGUGCUGCUUCUACUUUAAGACUUGACAGUAAACCUAAACUGUUAUUAUUGGCUCUCUUCUCUUGACUGACCUGCUUUCUCCUUGCCAUCUCACUGCUCACCACUACUGGGUGGGUUACUGAAGUAAUAAGGUAAAAUAGGGGUUCAUGUGUUGUUGUGGAGGUGGUCAGAUGCAAAUGUUUAUCACAGUGUGACAUAAUGUGGAGGAAGUUGUUUUGGCAGCUUGGUUUCAUCAAAUUCUCUUUUUGCAGUCAUGAGAAAGUUUUAAAUUCAGAAACUUAUUGAACGUUUUUAAAAGUACAAUGACCUCUUAAGCCCAAUAUAUACUUCAGUUUGACAUGAAAGCAUUCCGCAUGCAUACUGUCGAACUUGCUAUGUAUACUUCAUUUACUGUGUGUGCAUAUACGGUUUGAAAAAUCGGGCCGAACGCAUUCAGUGCUCGAGCACACUACUGAUGAAGACAUUUUUGUCACACAUCCUUUACACAGACACUCAAAGUUUGCAUCUGACUGAAGUAUACUUUGGUCUUUAUGGUCAAAACCUCAAGGAAAAUUAGUUUCCUCAUGUCAUGACCACUAUAUUUUUAUUUAUUAAAGUAGGGUGAAUACAGGUAAAGUUUUCUGUUUAAUUGUCAUUAACAGUCAGGGGUGUAAAGUAACGAAUUAUAAAUAGUCAAGUUACUGUAAUCAAGUAGUUUUUCCCAGGAAUUGUACUUUAAGUAGUUUAAAAAUGGUAUACUUGAGUACAUUUUAUGUGCUGUAACUGUACUUUUACUGCGCUAUUUUCCCACUGUGUUCGUUUCUUCCCUGUCCUGAUUUUAUAUUUAUCUAUCGAUGUGAUUGGCUAGAGAGAGUUUCAUGACUCCCAUCUUAUCAAAUCACACUUAAAAAAACUUGAAUGGCAGCUGCAGAUUGAGGAGUGGUGGUAGCGUAGUGGGCUAAAGCACUGAGCUGGUAAUCAGAAGGUUGCUGGUUCGAUCCCAGCACAGCCACCACCAUUGUGUCCUUGAGCAAGGCACUUAACUCCAGGUUGCUCCGGGUGGAUUGCAAACUUACAGUGCACUGUAAGUCGUUUUGGAUAAAAGCUUCUGCUAAAUGCAUAAAUGUAAUGUAAAUGCAGAUCUGGAGGAUCAGUGGAGGAUACCUCAAGCACAGGUUAACACCUUAACAUCUCGGUCGCACCUAAAAGGGCUUUUCGCAGGGAAAAAUUAGCUUGACUGGCAUAUGAGUUUAUCUUGUUCAAGCCAGAUAUCAGCAUUAAUCUUGCCUCUAAUUUGAAAAAACAUAUCGAGCGAAAUUUCAUAUUUCUGUUUACUAGAUUCUGUGUCUAUAACGUAGCCUGUAAUUUAACUACCUUUCACUGAGAUUAUUGGGCUUCUGUGAGAGAUUAAUGCAAUGUUGUGAAUAGGGAUGUUUGAUAAAAUGAUAAGAAGUUUAUCAGAAAAAAAGAGCGACGUCCUCAAUCAAACUUGAGUAAUUUUCUAUAUUUAGCCUAUGUUCUACACCUAGAACAGGAGUGUUCAUUACAACAAUUGUGGUAGCAAGAGCACCACUGGUUGGUUGAUCUAAAUUAAAUAUAAAAGAUUGACUUUUUUUUUCCCCCUCCUGACAUCUGUUGCUGUGAUUUGUUUGAUAUGUGGCUAAUGUUUGUGCACGAUUGCGGGUUCUCGCCUAAAUGAUCAAAUGCACAUUAUAAUUCCGGCAAUGCUUGUCUUGAGGCUUUAAUGUAAACGCAGUCGUUUAUGUCUAAAGUGAACUUCAACAGUGGGCCAAAAAGCAUAUUUGCAUAAAAAUGUCAGACUUUAAAUGUACAUGUAACCGAAUUGAGUACUGCCUAGUAUAGGCUAUGUCAUAUAAAGAUUAUUAAUAAAAAACAUUAUCAAGGAAA